AGAUCCGCGAAAAGAAGGCAUUCUCGAAUGUCCAGCGAAAGCGCAUCGUUCGCCGAUAUGGCGACAGAUGCCAAACUGGUGCCACCGAGAUCGUUGCACGGUGUCGACGAUGCUGAGAUCAUUUGGGACACGAUCACACGGCGAUUUCCGCAAGCGGCACCGCUUCUCUGCGAAAUGGAAACUGUAAUCGAACGGGCUGAGGAUCUGUUGCAGCAACUGAAGACACCCUGCGCUCAAGGAAACGACACGUCCAACUCGUUUCACACAGCUCUUUACCUGGAUUCUCGCGAAUCUAACACGACGAUGUCGGAUGCAGAAUUCGUUCUUGCUGAAGAAACGGAUAUUUUAGAACAUCUUGAAACUACUGAAGAUAUUGCAAUGCAACUUAUAACGCAUGAUAUUGACGAAAAACAAAUAGUCUUAUCUCAAGAUCAUAGUGAACAAUCUGUUCAGUGCGAAAAAAAUUAUCCCGAUCGGAGAUAUCAUUCGAAUUUGCCUCCAAGAGUCGAUAAAGUUCAAUAUUUCAAAACGAGUUCGAUGAAUAAAUGUCAGGAUUCUCAGGGGGAAUCAGAUACGAAUGUAACAGAUAGUGGUGAUAAAGGGAUCGAUGGUAGUUCCGAGAAAAAAUUGAUGGAAACAAUAGAAGAAAAGAAUAGUUUGGAAGGUUGGGCAAAAGUCGCUGAUAAUGCAUUGCAAGAAUGGCACAACGAUAUGAAAAAUAUCGAUAUUUAUAGUAAUUUGGAUAAUGUGCCAGCAAUGUCUUGUGCUGCGACCAAGGAUCUGGCCAAAAACGAAUUGGCGGCAAAAAUAUUAUGGAUGGUAGCCGAGUGUCAAAUAGAUGGCUCGGAACAUUCGUCGUUCAUCUGCGGAUUAUUAUCUGAUUUUUCGCGCGAGGAAAUGUUAGAGAUAAUAACGUUUCAUCAAGGCAAAUUGAAGAACGCGUCGCAAAAGCUUUACAAGCUUUGCCUCGAGAAAGAAGAACCUACUCCUGAAUACUCUAUUCAUAAAUUGAUAACAAAUCAAGGGUUUAUAUAUGCAGCUCAAUGCACAGCUUUAAGACAUGUUGGAAGUGGACAAGGCCGGGGAAAAGAUAGUGCUAAGAUUGCAGCUGCUGAAAAUUUGUACCAAAAAUAUAUUCAAGAAACGGAACAACAAAAGCGUAUCCUGUCGUUCGAAGAUCGCCAAAUCGUCACAGGCAUAAUGUCAGGCAUAGCGAUCGCCAGGCUCGCCGAGGAGCGAAAAGCAUGGAGGAAGGAUCACCCGUUUGGUUUCGUAGCUAGACCAACCAAAAACCCGGAUGGUUCUCUUAACUUGAUGAGUUGGGAAUGUGCAAUACCAGGAAAAAAAUCUACUCCUUGGGAAGGUGGACUGUAUAAGCUACGUAUGAUUUUCAAAGAUGAUUAUCCAUCGAGUCCACCAAAAUGUAAAUUUGAACCUCCGCUGUUUCAUCCAAAUGUUUAUCCAUCCGGUACAGUUUGCUUGUCACUCUUGGACGAGGAGAAAGAUUGGCGACCAGCUAUCACAAUCAAACAAAUUCUUCUUGGUAUCCAGGAUUUACUAAAUGAACCAAAUGUGAAAGAUCCUGCUCAAGCAGAAGCGUACACAAUAUAUUGCCAAAAUCGUCUGGAAUACGAGAAGCGCGUUAAAGCGCAAGCCAGAGCAAUGGCUCCACAAGAAUAAACGCAAAAGUAUCAAAUCGAAAUAUUUGAAAUACGUGAAAAAAAUGUGUGUGGACAAAACUUUGAUUUCGUCCAUCGUUCUUACACAAUUACCUUUUUUUAUAAAUAAAAUUAACAUAUAACUAGUUAACUAGCUUAUAAAUUAAAAUUUAUUUACUUAAUAAUGUCUUGAUUACAAAAAUUUCGAAGUAGAAUAUAUAAUUAUUAGCAAAACGUGUCAUAUAUAAGUUUUUUCAUACAUAUAGAUAUUCUCUUAUGAAUGUUAGAGCUAAGUUGAUUUAUGUACUUUAAGACAGAAUUAUUUUUUGAGACGUAAACUUUAAUUUGUAAGUCUUAUAAUUACUGAUAUUAUUUUUAAAGAAGGAAUUUGAGAGAUGUUAUGAAUAAUGACAACUAAUGUUAUGAAUAAAUAUCUCUUCUGCUUUCUGA